GAUGACAGCGGGAGCGGGUGGAACCCUGGGAACCCGGCGCCGUCCUGCACACCAGGCGGUUCCUGUGAGAACAGCAGCAGCAGCAGCAGCAGCAGCGGCGCAGCACGUGUUCGAGGUGGCGGUGGAGCAGAACAUCUCGUCCAAUCACAGCCCUCAGUUCGUCGGGGUGGAGCUGCUGCAGUCCUUCAAGAGCCUCAUCAUCCCCUGCUACGCCCUGGUGGUGCUGGUCGGCGUGUUCGGCAACUACCUGCUGCUCUACGUCAUCUGCAGAACCCGCAAGAUGCACAACGUCACCAACUUCUUCAUAGGGAACCUGGCCUUCUCGGACAUGCUCAUGUGUGCCACGUGCGUGCCCUUCAACCUGGCGUACGCCUUCAACCCCCGCGGAUGGGUGUUUGGGCGCUUCAUGUGCUACCUGGUAUUCCUCAUCCAGCCAGUCACUGUGUAUGUGUCUGUGUUCACGCUUACCGCUAUUGGCAUUGACAGGUACUACGCUACUGUACACCCGCUGAAAAAGCGCAUAUCGGUGGUGGGCUGCACCUACCUGCUGUCGGGGAUCUGGCUGCUGUCCUGCGGCCUGGUGGCGCCGGCCGUGGCGCACACCUACCACGUGGCGUUCAAGGACGAGGGCUUCACCAUCUGCGAGGAGUUCUGGAUCGGCCGUCAGCGCCAGCGGCUGGCGUACGCUUACAGCACGCUCUUCAUCACCUACGUGCUGCCGCUCUCCACACUCUGCAUCUCCUACCUGUGCAUCUCCGUCAAGCUGCGCAACUGCGUGGUGCCAGGCCACCGCACCCAGAGCCAGGCGGCGGCGCAGCGUGCCCGCAAACGCAAGACCUUCCGGCUGGUGGCGCUGGUGGUGGCGGCGUUCGCCGUCUGCUGGCUGCCCAUCAGCGUCUUCAACGUGCUGCGCGACAUCAACAUCGACCUGAUCAACAAGCGCUUCUUCCUGAUCAUCCAGCUGCUCUGCCACCUGUGCGCCAUGAGCUCGUCCUGCUGCAACCCCUUCCUGUACGCCUGGCUGCACGACCGUUUCCGCGCUGAGCUGCGCAAGAUGUUCACCUGCCGCCACCGCCGCAUCGGCAUCCCGGCCAACCACUGCGCCACAGGCAGCGUGGUGCUGUGAAUAGAGCGCGGUGACGGUGAGAGCGCGGCUGUGAUGUUGAUGUCGCGGUUCAGAAUGUGCCACCGCAGACACCGUAGCAACAAUGUUCAGCCCCAGCUCAGAGUCUUGCUGGGCUCCUCUAAAGGUUUAAUACUC